GAUUCGCAGCGCAGGAUUAGGAUUUUAGAUGUUAGUGGGUCUCUAUCUCUUUCUCAGGGCCCAAAUAUAAAAGAGAACACGUACAAGUCAGAGGGCAUGAGGAGAGAGGGGUGAGACAGAGGCCUGAGUUCCACUGCACAUUAAGUUUAGAAACAGUUGUCGUCUGAUAUUCGCAGAACACCAUCACAUCGCCCGGUUAUCAAUAGAAGGUUGAUCUUUGUCCAUCAGUCAUUUCUCUGGCAGUUGAAAUGCCACAUAUUGGUGGCAGUAUAGUCUAGGCCUAAUGUUUGACUUUAUAUCUUUGUGAUUAUUCACAGUGGGGUCAGUUAUGUGAGCAGUGACGUGUGUGGUGCACGCAGCGACGGAAAUCAAUGCCAACUCCACAAGAGCCACAAUCUCAAUGCCACUACACGACAGCACAUGCUCUAGGCAUAUGUGCAUGCCCCGAAGCACAUACGCAUGGAUUGCUUCAUAUGAGACCAUUGAGGACUGUUGACACACUAGGCCUCGGCUACUGACCGAAUAGACAGUAAAUGUCCCAGCGCGGAACUGCCACCUGAACACGUGUGUCCCUUGGUGUCAGGUACUGUAGUGUGUGUCAUGGCUAACGGCGGGGACCCGUUCGUCAUCCCAGAGCGCAUGGACACAGACACGGACUCACCGAAAGAGAACAAACCGGAGAAUCACACUAGCUCCAGCUCUCCACCGUCACCGGAGACCACGUGCACACAGCAGGGGAUGGAGGGAAUAAAAGUCUACCUGCACGAGCGCGAGCUGUGGGAGAAGUUCCAUGAGGUCGGAACAGAGAUGAUUAUCACUAAAGCGGGAAGGCGGAUGUUCCCCUGCUACAAGGUGAAGGUUACGGGCCUCAACCCUAAAGCCAAGUACAUCCUCCUCAUGGAUAUCGUGCCAGCGGAUGACCACCGCUACAAGUUUGCGGACAAUAAAUGGUCUGUGACGGGGAAGGCGGAGCCGGCCAUGCCAGGCAGGUUGUAUGUCCAUCCUGACUCUCCGGCCACCGGAAGCCACUGGACACGUCAGCUUGUCUCCUUCCAGAAACUCAAACUCACCAACAACCAUCUGGACCCCUUCGGACACAUCAUAUUAAACUCCAUGCAUAAAUACCAGCCCCGCCUCCAUAUCGUCAAAGCAGACGAAUACAACAGGUUUGGUUCCAAGAACACUGCCUUCUGCACGCAUGUGUUCUCAGAGACCGCCUUCAUCGCCGUGACAUCAUACCAGAACCACAAGAUCACCCAGCUGAAGAUAGAGAACAACCCAUUCGCUAAGGGCUUCAGAGGCAGUGAUGACAUGGAGCUGCACCGCAUGGCUAAGAUACAGGGUAAGGAGUAUCCGGUGGUUCCUCGUAGCUCAGUGCGUCAGAGGGUGUGUCCUAGUGGGAGUCCGUUUGGGGGGGAAGCGAGGGGGUUGGGUUUGCACCCCUAUUCCUGUGAGAAUGGGGUGAGCAGCACCACCCAGGACCUCCUCAUCCCUCCUCCAUCCCCCUACACCCUCCCCCAACCAGACACACACGAACACAUGCAGGUGUACCACUGCAACAAGAGAAAAGCGGAUGAUAGCUGUCCUACAGCAGAGAAUCACCAGUACAGGAAGCCCUACAUCGACAGUUCUCCCAGCAACGACGAGUCUUACUAUCAGCCGUCUGCUUACCCUCAUCCCCCUCUCCCUCCCUCCGUCCCUCCCCCUGGUCUCUCUGACUCCCCAUACAGGUCAGAGGUGGGGCAGCGGCAGGCGUGUAUGUUUGCUGGCUCAGAGCCCAGACUGGACAACCUCAGCUGUACAUCCUGGUCCUACAGCUGCCCAUUGACUCCUCCCAUGGCCCCCAUGACCCCUACUGACCCCUACACAACCUUCCCCCACCAGCCCUACUCCUCCAGUCCCCGGAACGCUCAGCUGAGCUCCAUAGCCCACCAAGGCUCUCCUCCUCUGGGGGACUCUCUCUCUCGCGGCCAGACCCAGAGCUCCAGACCACACCAGACACCCCAACAUCCCAGCCCACCCCUCAGAGAGUACCACCGCUACCCCUCCUCCCCAUCUCCUCCUCACUACCACACCCUUCACACACAUGUCAGGGGAGGGGUCCCAGAAUGGAGCGAGCCCACCUGAUUGGACCACAGGUGUAGGGGAAAGACUCUGAUUGGUGGCUUGGGGUUAUGUUUAUGUGAGAUGUUGUCAUUUUAUGUGUGAAGAGAUUUAAUUGGCCAGUUGUGUGUUUCCCUGUGCCAUCGGUGGAACGUUAGAUCAUCUGUGUGUUGCGUUUAAGUCCAUCCUCCUCUGACUGGGACCUCUCUGGAAGGAAUUGAUGUUAGAGGAACUUGGGGGAUAAGCAUUCAAACUAGAGGGACAGGAAGAAAGAUGAUGCCAUCAACUAACACGUUCCACGCUUCAUUCCUGAGACUGUUUUUAAUACAGUAUGUGACCUGUCUGUCACCCUGUCACCCUGUCCCCUGAAGAUGUGAGACUGUCUCUCUGUGGCCGUGGUUCCCAGUUGGUUUGUGACCCACCGAAAUCCCUGUGAUCCAACAGACAAAACCAUAUUUGUAAUCUGUGUGUGUGUCAGCUCAGCUCAGGGCUGCUGUGAGUUAAUGUCGGCUGAGAGGGGCUGCGGUGGCCACAGGCAGAGCAGAAGAGAGAUAAACUGUUAGUUUACACCAGGCUGCAGGGAGGAAGACCUGCACACACACACACACACUGACAAACAUAGAGAACUUGUUUAGAGGCUGCUGCAUGGCAGAAGACCUGUAAACACUCCCAUUGCAUUUUGGGUAUACGCACAUCUCAUCAUCAUGCAGCUGUCACUGCUGGCCUCUCCUUUACCCCUGAACUGACCCAACAAAACUCUCUGUUUCUCUGAACUGACCAAUCAACACUCUCCGUUUCUCUAAACUGACCUAUCAAUCAACACUGUCCUUUACCCCGAACUGACCAAUAAACACUCGAUCAACACUACAUUUCUGUCUCUCUCUCUGCCCCUCACUCUCUGUCUGUGUUUCUAGCCCCCCCCCCCCCCUUAAAGCCAGUAGAAGGGAGUCAUAUUAUAGUCACACUUUUAAACAUAUACUUUAGACAUCAUAUGAUUAUUGUUCUUGUCUAAAUAUUGUUUUAUUUUCCUUGAGAGUCAGUGGGUGUGUUAGUUGGAACCAGGUGAUGGCCUGGUGUUUUACACUAACAUAGGAAGAGUUCAUAUUGGUUCACAGAGGAUCAGUACGUAAGCACUGCAUGUGCAGAGCGAGAGUCAUUCCUGUGUGUGUGUGUGUGUGUGUCUGUGCGCCAGCGUGCGUGUGUUUAUGUGAAAGCAAUACUUUAAAAAGAGACGUCCUGUGAUCAUUUGAGAAGUGUUUGUACUUUAUUGUAUUGUUAUUGUUUAUAGUAUUUAUUGGCCUUGAGAUUCUGGCUGGUUUUGUUGUAAUUACACAGUGCUGGUUUUGUUGUAAUUACACAGUGUUGGUUGUAAUUACACAGUGCUGGUUUUGUUGUAAUUACACAGUGCUGGUUUUGUUGUAAUUACACAGUGUUGGUUGUAAUUACACAGUGCUGGUUUUGUUGUAAUUACACAGUGCUGGUUGUAAUUACACAGUGCUGGUUUUGUUGUAAUUACACAGUGUUGGUUGUAAUUACACAGUGCUGGUUUUGUUGUAAUUACACAGUGCUGGUUGUAAUUACACAGUGUUGGUUGUAAUUACACAGUGUUGGUUGUAAUUACACAGUGUUGGUUGUAAUUACACAGUGCUGGUUUUGUUGUAAUUACACAGUGUUGGUUGUAAUUACACAGUGCUGGUUUUGUUGUAAUUACACAGUGUUGGUUGUAAUUACACAGUGCUGGUUGUAAUUACACAGUGUUGGUUGUAAUUACACAGUGCUGGUUGUAAUUACACAGUGCUGGUUGUAAUUACACAGUGCUGGUUGUAAUUACACAGUGCUGGUUUUGUUGUAAUUACACAGUGUUGGUUGUAAUUACACAGUGCUGGUUGUAAUUACACAGUGCUGGUUGUAAUUACACAGUGCUGGUUGUAAUUACACAGUGCUGGUUGUAAUUACACAGUGCUGGUUUUGUUGUAAUUACACAGUGUUGGUUGUAAUUACACAGUGUUGGUUGUAAUUACACAGUGCUGGUUGUAAUUACACAGUGCUGGUUUUGUUGUAAUUACACAGUGCUGGUUGUAAUUACACAGUGCUGGUUGUAAUUACACAGUGUUGGUUGUAAUUACACAGUGCUGGUUGUAAUUACACAGUGCUGGUUGUAAUUACACAGUGCUGGUUGUAAUUACACAGUGCUGGUUGUAAUUACACAGUGUUGGUUGUAAUUACACAGUGCUGGUUGUAAUUACACAGUGCUGGUUGUAAUUACACAGUGUUGGUUGUAAUUACACAGUGUUGGUUGUAAUUACACAGUGCUGGUUGUAAUUACACAGUGCUGGUUUUGUUGUAAUUACACAGUGCUGGUUGUAAUUACACAGUGCUGGUUUUGUUGUAAUUACACAGUGCUGGUUUUGUUGUAAUUACACAGUGCUGGUUGAAUUGUUCAACUUGUUUGUUUCCCAUUGAAGUUUAUUUAUUUUUUGCUUUCCUCCCUCCCGUCUCCUGUCAUUUCCUUUUGAAUACAAUAUUUAACAUGGUUGUAAUAAAUGGCUUGUUACUUUU